GGACUGAUCGUGUUCGCAGGCAGGACUCUCUGUAGUCUGUGCGCAUGAAGUGGAGCAAUUGGUACUAGAGCAACCAGCGUAUCUUCUCCAUAACGGGGCUUUCUAUUUAUACUGGGGUUGUUUUACAAGUGGAUAUAUCUAUCUUUUUUGUCCACCAUGGCUGUUACCGAGGCUCCAUGUGACUUGUCUUAUUGCAAGAUGAGAGGAAUUGUGUCAGUUCUCACUGGUAGGCAAAUUAUUCAGUUAAAUGGUUUUAUUUAGAAUUUAGCUUCUACAUUGUGGUGUUUAAUAGUAUGCAUCAGCAUUCUUUGGAUUAUGAUUUGGACUGUAGUCUAUUGGUGUGUAUUCUUUCUUGGGUUCUUCUUGGACCACAUACCGACAAUGCAUUCAAUCUGGAACUUGCAUAACUGGCGAUGGGAGUGCCUGUCUCCUGCUCUGACGUACUCAUGUCAAUGUUUGUGAUAUAGGCUGUGAAUGUUAUUUUUCACUAUACGACACGGCGGGUCGCCAAAGGAAUAGUAAUAUUGUGUUGCAUAACGACUAAAUGCUGCACAUAAUGCGUUAUAGCGGGAUCCAUUCCAAAUAUUUUUUCAACCUCUGAAACAUUUUAAGAUUAAAGUUUUGAACAGAUUUAGUAUAGGCAUAGGGCUAUAAUUUAUAGACUGUUCACCGCACUGUGAUGAAAUGUAGGCUGUUAUGCCAGGUAGAUAGUGAAGCCUAUCUAUCCAUGUCCCCAGUUCUGCAAUGGUAUAGCCUAGGUCUGUUGAAAUGCUGUGUUAAAUCUGUGACGUUGUAUUCUCUUGGCGCCCAGCUGACAUAAAUGCUUAUUUUUGAUUUGCAGCUUUCAUCAAGGAGAGGAAAAUUGGACUUAACGACUUCAUAUCGAGGCUGGUGUCAAACCCACAUAUGUGUCAACAGUAAGUAUUAUAUGGAGCACUUAUAUGGCCAAAUUAGAUGUUUAGAUAUUAUAUAUAGGCUACCAACUGCCAUUGAAAUAUGACAAUAUUAUGACAAAUUACCUUUUGUGAAAGUAUAGAUAUUUAUCAAAUAGCCGAGAUAUCUAUAUGACAGGUACGCACACAAUAGGCCUCUGUGCGUCAUUUCAUCUGCUUCCCAUGGCAUUACAUUAGGCCUGUGUGUUUAUUUACAAUUGUAUCGGUCUACCUAGGUCAGUGUAAGUUACUGUACAUUUCCAAUCCACCACAUGUCACUAUUCACAUUCUGAGUCAAAGCAGUAAUCUGGGGCCAAGCAGGCAAAGCCAGCACAAGAAUAGUUAUUUCAUGUCAAGUACGUUCCCGCCACGGCCUCUCCAGUGCCUAAGCACCUUUUCUGCAAAUCCCCUGUGUCCCCUAGACUGGGAUAACCGGGUAAUUCAAUUAAGUGCGCACCACACAAUAUGGUUUGUUCUCAACAGCCUGCAAAGGGGCCAGGUGGGGGUCUAGCUCAGUGGAAAAUUCCCAAGCACCUUGUCUACCCUCUCCAGGUGCUAGAUUGUUACAGCAGUCUGAUUCUGGGCUGUUUGUGCUAGUCAUGUCUGAUCCGCCGGCUUAGAACUACUUUUCAGAUGUUGCUGCAGGCUACAUGCUGUAUAGGGGGUCAACAACAACUGAAUAGUCUCUCAGGAGUUAGAGAAGAGACCCUUAUUGACAGUCUUGGCCGGUUUGUAUCUCAUUUGGGUCAGUUAUGACAGAUGGAACCUUCUCUAUCUAUUUGCUCAAUUAAAUCACUGUAAAACUCAACAUUUUAUUGCAAUGUCCAACUUUCAAAAAUAGUAUGAAUUGUAAUACUGGCCUUUGAUGGUAAUCCAAGUAUUAGUCUACUGUUAUAAUUUAACAUGUCAACUUAGAGGUCACUCAGCCCUAUAAAAUCCCAAAGUGGCCAUGAAUGUAUCAGUCAAAAUAACCUCAGACAAUCAUAAGUGAAGGAGGAUUCCAUUCUAACAUUCUAAAAUUCUAACAUUCUCUCUGUUCAUUCCUCAGCUCUGAAGUUGACUUCCUCAAGAUCGAUGAGAACCAGAAUGAGAAGAUGGACAAUGCUGAACUUUUAAAUCCGGUGAGCAUCAGCAUAACACAUGCCUUGGCCACUGGGACAGACUGAGCCAAAAUGAACCCUAUUCCCUAUAUAGUGCACAUUUUUUUUAAAGAGCCCUAUGGUAGUGCACUAUAUAGGGAAUAGGGUGCCAUUUGAGAUGCAUACUAAGAUAUUUACCAGUGUGAAAACUGAAAAUAGAUCAUUUUAUCCAGAGCCAAGAUGGUCAUUCUUACCUCCUUCUCUCCUCCUCUGUUCUUAGACGUUACUGACCUCCCCCAGAAGCUCACUAGCUGAGGAGUUGGCGAUCAAACCAUGUGAUUUCGACUACCUGAAAAUCAUCGGCAAAGGGAGCUUUGGGAAGGUGCUGCUGGCUCGACACAGGGAGAGCAACGAGUAUUACGCUGUCAAGGUUCUACAGAAGAAAAUCAUCUUGAAGAAGAAAGAGGUGAGUCUUACUCUACUGAUCUUCACCAUAAAAACACACAAGCAAUACUCCAAGCAAGCUGCAAUAGCCACAAACAGACAACCAUUCAGUCGCUCACUCAGUUGCUCUAAUUGAAGUAUUGCACUGAUGUCAUUGUGAGUGGUAUGCUCAUCUCUCUCUUUCUCUUCCUCCCUCAUCCAGCAAAAGCAUAUCAUGGCAGAGCGAAGUGUCCUGAUGAAGAAUAUCAAACAUCCUUUCCUGGUGGGGCUGCACUAUUCCUUCCAGACUACCGACAAGCUGUACUUUGUGCUUGACUACGUGAAUGGAGGAGAGCUGUUCUACCAUCUCCAGAGAGAGCGGGUGUUUCUAGAACCCAGAGCCAGGUUCUACGCUGCAGAGAUCGCCAGUGCUCUGGGAUACCUCCACUCUCUGCAUAUUGUUUACAGGUAUGAACUAAGAUCCUAUCCUACAGUACCCUCUGGUGGUGACCAUAUAUGAUAGCAUGACAGAAAAAAUACCACUCAUAGAAAUGUGUAGUCUGGUCUAGUGAAUAAGGGCCAGUGGUUUAGUGGAAGGUAAACGCACGUAAACACCUUUUUUAUUUUGCGUGAGUGUUUACCCACCUUUUGCGCAAAAAUGCAUUGUAAGUAUAGGGAGCGUUACCUUACUCACCGCGAACGGCGAUCAUCGUUUACCUACCUAUUUUUUAACUGAUAAGGACUGAACGCUAAGGGAUACUGGAGAAUUAAUGUGACAAGAAAAAUGUAAGUAUUGUAUUUAUUUGGUUGGCGUUUUCCUAACCCUCACCUUUCUCUUCUCCUUCAGAGAUCUGAAGCCUGAGAAUAUCCUGCUAGACUCUGCGGGCCACAUCGUCCUGACAGACUUUGGCCUUUGCAAAGAGGGCCUGGCGCCCACUGGGACCACCACCACCUUCUGUGGAACCCCAGAGUACCUGGCACCCGAGGUGCUGCAGAAGCAGGCGUAUGACCGAACCGUGGAUUGGUGGUGCCUGGGAUCCGUGCUGUACGAGAUGCUCUAUGGACUGGUGAGUCAUCACUGAUCACUGCUCUUUUCCAGCAUCUCUUUCAUGGUUCAGCUUUCACAAUGCAUCUACAAUAGUUAUGAUAUCCACUAUGGAAGCAUCCCCAAUGGCACCCUAUUCCCUAUAUAGUGCACUUCAUUUGACCAGAGCUCUAUAGACUCUGGUGGGACACACCGUAUGUCACCAUGUCAGUUAAAUAUAAAGAAUGUCAGUAUGAAUCACAUAAGUACACUGACAAUCAUGGUGCGUAAGGAGUUUGGCCAAGUAGCAUUUACUGAUUUUUGCUGUCUCUCUCUCCAUAGCCCCCCUUCUACAGCCGCAACACAGCUGAGAUGUACAACAAUAUCCUGAACAAGCCUCUCAUACUGAAGCCCAACGUGUCCAACGCAGGCAGAGAACUGUUGGAGGGGCUCCUGCAAAAGGACCGAACUAAGAGACUGGGAGUGAAAGACGAUUUUGUAAGAACACACACACGUACAACAAACAAAUACAUUAUUUGAAGAACACCAAAGAAAAAUAUUACCAAGGUGUCAGUAGUGUUGUUCUGUACCAGUGGAUUGAUGUAGUGUUUUAAUCUGCCUCUAGAUGGAACUGAAGUGCCAUGCCUUCUUUUCACCCAUCAACUGGGAUGACCUGAUGGCAAGGAAAAUCACACCACCCUACAUUCCCUCAGUGGUAAGUACAUCUACAUCUAUCAACAAUGUAUACAUAUAGGCUUCCAGGGUUAACGUGAGAGAAGUAAAAAUGUACCUUUUCUUGUUCACGUCAAGUAGAAGUUCAAUUGUUUUUUGUCUUACUCAAUAAUGGUCACAAACUGCAUCCCAAGGACAACAAUGUAUAUAUUUAGAGGCUGUAUGGGUGUGAAAUGUGAAUUUUAUGUUUGUGUUUUGGAGCAUGUUUCUAAUAUACUGCUCUGGCUGGUUGUUUUUCACAGAGCGGGCCUACGGACCUCAGGCACUUUGACCCAGAGUUCACCCACCUCCCUGUGACCUCAUCUCUGUGCAACACGGACGGCCUGCUGGUGACUAGCAGCAUCAAGGAGGCAGCUGGAGCCUUCCCAGGCUUCUCCUAUGGACCUGCUGACGGCUUCAUGUGAAGGACUCCUCUAUCCACCUCGAUCCUCAUCCCCUCCACAGUCGAGAGGGGGAAUAGGAACAGACAGACACAGACAGAGACGCUGCCUGGGACAGUGACCAUGUACUGUUAGAGCAGCUUAGGAGGUGUGCAUGGCCUGCUAAUGGAACUCCUGAGUGACAUGCCUAAGAGGCAUGAAAAGGGGGUCCAGAAACUCCAGAUCUUGUCUGUUGCAUAAGGGGUGUAGAUUGCAUGGGACUCUCAUUUUCAACACCGAUGGCCCUACCUACCUACCUACCUACCCACCCCAAAACUGAUCCAAAGUGUGCCAAGGUGGGAAACAGAGAUUACAUUUAGUACUACAGGGAGAAAGGACAUUUCUCUCGAAUCGCUGUGGACUACGACCACUGUCGGAGAUAAGAGUGAAGUGCCUGAAGUUUCAAGGCAGCGAGAACAGUACUGUACGAACAGGGCUAAGCAAGAAGAGCCGGCCGCAUCAAACCCACAACACUUUCCAGUCUGUUUGGACUUAUGACCCUGGCGCUAGCUGUAGAGAGGUCCAUGCCUUCCUGAUCUUUCUGCAUAUAUUGAAGAUAUACGUCUGUCCAAGUCACAAUGCAUUUGUUAUCUGUUUGUUAUGUGAAUGCUGGAUUGCACUUGAGGAAACAAGGGUCAAGAAAAUGAUUGCAUUGCUUAAGCAUCCACUCUGUCUCUUGGUCAUCUGCAUAUCUGUUCACCCACAAAAUCAUAUCUCAAACAAGUAGGAAAACACCAGAAUGGAUAAUGAAAUUUCAACAUAAUUUUUGGGGGACCAAAUAGGGUACUAUGGUACCAUCUGAACCAAAUUCUACUGGUGGAAAAAUUUUCUCCACAUACUGAAAAUUUUAGCGCAAAUUAAUGACAAUGCGUAGAAAGCAGAUACAGAAUAUUUUAUUUUACAAGAAAUCUGCAAAAUCAUGUCAUGGCAUACUAAUUGAAUCGUAAUCUUACCAAAUAGUUUAUUUGUUUUCCAUUUUAUGGUACUGUUCAUUUUACUACUGUAUUUCAGUUUGAGAAAUUACAAAGUACUCUUUUAAAAACACAUUUUCCACUUGGAUCUUUAACAAAAACCAUAGUAAUAUAUUAGCAAGCUCUAAAUGUUUAACUAUUUAUACUCCCUAUGUGAACAACAUUUUCUUGCCUUUGUUCUUCUAAUACCUGCACUUUUACACAUUUACCCCCGAGACUGUGUUGACAAAUUGUGUUGACAUGUUUGUAGACUCAUUCAUAUAUUUUUCAUCAUAAAUACAGUAAAUGGAGUAUGACAUUUUACCAGCAAUAAUAGGUAUUCUGCAGUAAUAACACAUAUCAAUCAUUGUUAUUCUUGCGAGUGAAAGUGAUUGCUGUUUUGCUGGCAAAACACUCUAGAGAAUCCAUUAUAUUGUUAUGUAUAUCCAUUUGCAUUGUGUACAGAACUCCUGCUAGAUUGAUAUAGAAAGGAACUGUGCAUGUCUUUCAUUUUGUAAAGUGUGCCUGUCUGUUCCAGCCAUGUUACAGUAGGAUAGGAAGGCCUGAUCCAUACGUAUCUAUUUCUUCCCUGUUAUCCUCAUGGUCUAGAGACAACGACCUGAAAAGCUGUGCUGCUGCAAUGACGAGAGCUUAGUCUGAAAUGGCUCUUUGUAAACAGUGCUAGCGACGUUAAUUUAGUGAUGGCCCUAAAUAGUGCAAUAACAUUGCAGGUUUGGCAAGAAUCACCUUUAAUUCACCAGAGAUAUAUUUUUCCAUUAGUCAUCAUGCCUUAAAGAAUUAUCCUCUAAAAAUGACAGAUUAUGGAAGAUCACAGUGUUUACCAGAUGUCAGUAGUCAAAAUAAAAAAGGGCAUGAACUGAUUUUAUUUUAUUUGGCCUUAACAGAUAUGAUAAUUGUUCUGUCAGCCAUUACAAGGUUAUCUAUUCAUGACGAAAAUCACUUAAGAUUUGUUUUUGAUAUGUCACUUACACUUCAUUGACCCUGCUGAGUCUGAAAAUGUUGGUCUGCAAAGAAGUGUAGACUGCAGUGAAUAUCUACAGACCAUUCUGUGGUACCACUUCCUUCUUGUAGAAAAUUACAAACAACGCAAUACAGUUCUAGGUGAUUUUCUUCCAUAUUUGGAAGCUUUACUUAUCUUAUUUGUUUUUGUAUUUUAUUUCUCUAUGUAUAUUUAUUUACAUGUCACGACACAUAAUGUACUGUAUGUUUAAAGACCAGAGGAUAAAUUCCUAGUAUUGAUGAAUUAAAUAUUGAAUUGUAAUCUAUCUGUUCAAAAUGGUAAAUAAAAUGUAUUGACCAAAUUUAAAUGUAAGGUAUGAAGCAAAUGUUUUUCUGGAGGCAAGUUUGAUACUGAAUUGAGGAGUUUUAAGAAAAUAUAUUUUUGAAAAUGUGUGAAAUGGU